CUGUCUCGCUUCUUCAACAAGCAAAAAACAGCUUGCCUGCCUGUGAAUUUGGAAGCUGCUGGAGAGAGCAGAGAAGUGGCAUUGUAUGUACGUCCUGGAAGCAGCGAAAGGACCUCGGACGGGAGACAGAGAGAGGGGCCUACAGAAGAUGACGGAAUACAAACUUGUUGUGGUUGGAGCUGGUGGCGUAGGCAAGAGCGCGUUGACGAUACAGCUUAUUCAGAAUCAUUUUGUAGAUGAAUAUGAUCCUACAAUAGAGGAUUCCUAUAGGAAACAAGUAGUAAUUGAUGGCGAAACCUGUCUCUUGGACAUUUUGGAUACAGCCGGCCAAGAAGAGUACAGUGCAAUGCGGGACCAGUACAUGAGGACGGGCGAGGGCUUUUUAUGUGUAUUUGCUAUAAAUAACACAAAAUCCUUUGAAGAUAUUCAUCAUUAUAGAGAACAAAUAAAGAGAGUGAAAGAUUCUGAAGAUGUCCCCAUGGUGCUAGUAGGAAACAAAUGUGACUUGCCUUCCAGGACUGUAGACACAAAACAAGCUCAGGACUUAGCAAGGAGUUAUGGAAUACCUUUCAUUGAAACCUCAGCAAAAACAAGACAGAGAGUGGAGGAUGCUUUUUAUACAUUGGUGCGAGAGAUCCGUCAGUACAGAUUGAGAAAAAUCAACACAGAAGAAAAGACUCCUGGGUGCGUGAAAAUUAAAAAAUGCCUUUUAAUGGGUGUUGACGAUGCAUUCUACACAUUAGUUCGGGAAAUUCGAAAGCACAAAGAGAAGAUGAGCAAAGAUGGCAAAAAGAAGAAAAAGAAGUCAAAGACAAAGUGUAUAAUUAUGUAAAUGCAAUUUACCCUUUAACCUUAAGGUGUGCAUUGGUAAACAUGAUUCAUUUUUGUACCAUUACACUAAAUUAUUAGCACCCACAUUUUUAGUGUUAUGUUGAAACUUCCUCUCUGCUUGCUGAACCUGUCAGCCUUCUUUUCCUGGAUGCUUGCUUUUAAAUGACAGUGGAAACUAUUUCCUUUUUAAGUGCCAGUAAUCCUUGAGUGUUGGUUCUUGAACCUAGCAAUGCCUGUGAAAAACAUAAUGUUUUAUUCUUAUUUUUUUUUCCUUCAAGGAUAUUUUGGUGCAUGUAAAACUUGCUAAUGUCAUCUCCCUUUUUUCCUUUAAAAAGCUAUGACUGUGUUUUCUAUUCAGGACCAUUCCACCUACUGGUUGAUGCUCCUUAGGUAGUGUUUUUCCCCAGGGUGAUGGAUGGCUCUUCAACUGUAGCAUCAGAUGGACUUUUUAAAAAGUUGAUAUUGCUCUGGUACCUAAGUUACUUCAACCAGGAGCAGGCAGAACAAAUGGAGGUCUUCAGACUCACAGUGGAGCUCUGAUUUCCUUAAUCCGAGAAGGGGGAUCCCCCCUCCCCGCUUCUAGAAUUAUAAUCCCAGUGGAAUGUGGAGGUAUCCUGUUGGCAUUGGAUCAGUCUAAAUCCUUUUUAGGAUUAACAUCUCAUUUUAGGAUAGACCCAUUUGUUCAAUUGGGCUUGCACAUGAUAAGUCACCAUUUGACCAGUGAUUCAGUGGGUUGAUUCUAGUUGUGACUGCUCAAUAGGAUUCAGAUCUGCUAGGACCCAGGAGUGGCAUAGCCAUGGAGUGAGUGAUGGGGAUUUGGGAAGGGCAGGCACCCAGUUAAUUUUAGAGGACCAAAGCAUCCUAAGCAAGCAAAGAUCACUGAAAGAUUGGGCACAGAGGCUAAGGACUGGCAAGCAGAAGGGCCAGUGGCGUUGAGGAGAGGAGAGGAGAAGAAUCAGGCUGGUUUUCAGGACUGUGUGAAACCUGAUACAAGGCAAGCAAAAGACUGGAGAGGCAACGAGAAGCAAGUAGGGACAAUGUUAGCACCACACUUGAGUGAAGUCUGUAGAUAUGUAAAGCAUUAGCAUUUCCUCAGAACCCCUAAGGCUGAGUAUUAAGAAAGAUGGUUGGAGGAAGGCCUUUUUCAAAUGGAGGCAGUGAGAGCCAGUUCAUACAAGUGUGGACCUAGGUAGUCAGUUAUUAGUAUAGAGGAGGAAUAGAUGCUGAUAGUAUGUAGAUGCAGAGCUGGGAGAAGUUUCCAGCUUGGACUACAACUCCUAGAACCGCCCAGCUAGCCUAUCCCCUGGUCAUGUAAGUUAUUGUCCAGUAAAUAACUUUUGCAAACAUCACUGGCUACCAUAUUGCAUAUAGUUGGUCCUGAAGCUUUGUACAACAAUAACAUCUCCAUAGCUCAGUUUCUGCUACCAUGUUCAUGAUGUGGUUCUGUUAAAAGGAUGAGUCUGCACAUGAAAUAUAGGUUGUUGACACUCUUUUUUAAUUGAAAAAAAUGGUUCUGUAACAUUGAUAAACCAAAAGCCUUUUAGCCUUCUUAUAAUUUGGAUUCUUAGGCACCUUGUAGCAUUUUCAAUCACCUUGUCUGAAUGUAAAAUAUAUACAUAUGUAUUAUCAUAGAAUUUCCACAAAAAUGUUUUUUCCCACUGCUGUUUGUCAUGGGUCACUCUUAAAAUAAAUAUUUUUCUAUUAAAAAUGAAAAUGAAAAUGUAAAAAACAAAACAAAACAAAAAAACCAAACAACAACCCAGCAACAACAGACUUUGUAAUUGGGUUGAUGUACUGUAAUGAGCUAUUUACCACUAUGACAAAAGUGACUGAAUGUUUGCAAGGGAAGCCAUUAAGGAUAAUCAAGUUAGGAAGAGGUCACCUCUCCAGAACUAAGUGAAAGGAAGUCUGUUCAUUUCACUGGAAGAGAAACCCUGUGGAUUAUGGCCCUUUGGUUUCUCUUAAUAGUAAAGCAAACUUUAGUACUGUAUUUUCUGGCGUAUAAGAUGACUUUUUAACCCAUGAAAAUCUUCUUCCAAGUUGGGGGUCGUCCUAUAUGCCGGGUUUAGCCCAGCCAGCUCCCUCCUUCCAGGCCUCAGAGGCCGGGAAGGAGCGCUGCGGUGCCGGUGCUCUCCCUCCUUCCAGGCCCCUGAGGAGGUCUCGGCCUCCGCAGGGGCCGAGAAGGAGCGCCGCGGUCAGCAUGAGUGCCGCCAGAGCUCUCCCUCCUUCCAGGCCCCUGGGGAGGCCUUGGCCUCCGCAGGGGCCGGGAAGGAGCGCCGUGGUCGGCAUGAGUCCCACCGGAGCUCUCCCUCUUUGGAUUUGGAAGAGGGGCGGUCUUAUACUGCAAAUAUAUCCCAAACUCUGUAUUUUAAUAAGAAAAGUUGGGGUCGUCCUAUACACCCAGUCGUCUUAUACGCCGGAAAAUACAGUAGUUUAAUAUCUCACAAACGUUCAUUCCUGUAAACUUCUACCACAUUUUCUUUCUUAUUUGCAGAACACAGCUCCAUUAUGCCUUUCAUCUUUGUGCCUCUAUAUAAUACAUUUUGAUGUUCUUUAAUAGCAUAGAAAUACAUGUGUGGCACAGGAACCACAAUACUGUACUUUUAUGUAUGCUUGUACAUUCCGUGAACACCUUUUUUUUAACCCUUGCAGACUUUCAACAGCUUUGUACAGGACCUUUCUGAGCUUAGAAAAGUUAUGGUGGGAGGCAGAAUCCUGUUGGUUCACUGUGCUAGCAGUUGCACAUGGAUGGGAAGAUAAGGCAGACAAAAUCUGCUGGCUCCAAGAAGCUAUUUCUCCUAACUUUCAUCCUUCACAGCCAUUGCCUCUUUUUAACGUGCUGUGAUCAUUAUGACCAAUACUGAUUAUUUCUAUGUGGCGUGCAUUUCUUUUGAAGGAGGGUGUUGUGGGUUAGAUCUCAGACCUCCUGCAUCCCAGAGAUGCACUAAAAGCCAAAAUCCUUCAAAAUGUGGUAUGUCAGGAUCUUGCAUAAUUGUCCAUAGCAUACCCUGUUUGUAAAAAUGUAUGCAAGAAUGGGGCCUUAUUUGGUCUUACAUAACUUUUCCAAGUUCUAUUUGUUGUAAGCACAUUCAGCAUCCUACAAAUCUGAUCCAUUUAUGGGACUGUGUCACUAAUGUGAGCAAAUUCUAUUGUGGCUGUAGGAGGAGGUGUCCCACUUAUUGGUCCAAAGAGACACCAUUUCUACUCUGGAUUUAAAGGAUCUAACCUGACCCAUCUGGGAGUAUUGCACUGGCGACAUUACAGUAGGGCCAAAUUAAAACCCAGAGUAUAUUCACUGUUCCAUUCAUAUGACAACCAUCAUCUGCAGCUAAGUCACAGAUUCUCUUUGAUUCGUAUUUUUGAUCCAGUCUGUUGUGGACGGGGCAGAAGAAGUAAAUAUGCACUGCAGCUAACCACAGAUCCUCCAGUCUUCCAUGCAGCUUUGAUAAUGCCUAAUGUUGCACCUUUUUUAAAAAAAGUUCAUUAUAAAAUAUAUUGCAUUUACCUAAGGAUUGAUCCCCCUCCCUUACAUCCACCUACAUGUUUGAGAUGACCAAGCUCUCAAGAGAUGUCUUAAAUAACAUAUCAAAGUGUUAGGUAAGGCUCACCUUGCAGUGGAUUUACCAACUGAAAAGCUGGUGUCUGGAAAAUGAGCUUAAAUUCCUUCUCCUGCGAUUAUUAAAUAUAGGUUGAGAUAUAAACAUUUUUUAAAGAGCAAGUGAUGUGUAGUGAUUUGAGUGUUGGACUAGGACUCCAGGAGACCAGGGUUCAACCAUGGAAACCCCCAGGUAAACAUGGGUAGGUCAGAUUCUCUCAGUGAAGGAGAAAUGCAAUGGCAUAUCUCAGAAUAAAUCUCGUCCAGGAAACCACAUGAUAGAGUUGUCAUAAAUUGGACUUUGUUUGAAGGCACACGCAAAAAAAAAAAAAAAUUAAAUCAGCAGCAAAGAUUGGACAAUUUUGUUUCAGAUUCAGGGCUGUGCUAUAGAGAAAUACAGUUGGCGCUCUAUAUCCAUGGAUUCAACCAUCCACAGCUUGAAAAGCUUGAAAAUAUAUAUUCCAAAAGCAAACCUUGAGUUUGUAUAAGUUAUACUAUUUUACUAUGCCAUUGUAUUUAAUGGGACUAAAAGCAACCAUGGGUUUCGGUAUCCAUGGAGGGUCCUGGAACCAAACCUCAGCAAAUACCAAGGAUUCACUGUACCCAUCACCACCAGUAUGUAUGUAUGUAUGUAUGUAUAUGUGUGUACACACACACACACAUAUAUAUAUUUGAUGAACCAUUCAUUGAGAAGUAGUAGUUAGUAGUUAGCAUGUGCAUAGAAGCCACACAGGGAGAAAUUCACAAAGCACUGAGGUGAAAUUAUUCCCCCUUCACUUUGCCUUGUAGAAGACUACACCAAAAUAAACAACUAUUGUGCAGUCUCAGUGUAGAUGGACUACAUUUUCAUGCUGUACCUUUUCUUAACUCUGCUUAAUAGUUUAAUUCCACUGUUGUUUUUUGUGUUAAAUUAAUCUUUUCACACAUAUCCCAUUCCCUCUUGUGAGUGCCAAAUCUCUUACUGGAACUAUUUCUUAAAAUGCAUUGUGUUUACCUAGAAUGUAUUUUAACUAUUUUUGUAUAGUACAAACUAAACAUACAUGUUUCGUAUAUUGUGUUGUUUGUUUUUAUUUUUAAAGGCAAAACAAAUGCAAUUUGAUCCGGGUGAUUAUUAAACCCCCCCCCCCUUUUAAUUGCAGCCAUGUGCCCAAAGAAUGUUGGGCCACAGACAUUGACAUCUGAAGAAUGACCACUGUUCAUUGAAACCUUUACAAAUGUUUUAUUAGCAGCAUGUGCUGUGAAGUGAUAAGAAAACAAUUUGUCACAAACAGUAUGGCUCCUGUUGUAAUUAAUAAUAAUAAAAAAUCAGUGUUUCUGCUGUUUGUUAUUUU